AUUGAUACCGCCGCGUCCUUCCUUGACAAUAUACGCACCAGUGUCUUUAGUAUGCUUGAACUGAGCACACGGCCCGCUUUGGUUGCAUAUAAUAUAGAUACGAGUCAUCGCAUAUUCAAGCUCCCACUUGGCCUUGUCCUCUUCGUAUCGUGCGUCAUUAUGGCGUUUCAAAUCAGCUUGCAUAGCCUUCCUCUCAGCAAUAGUCUCCUUUUCCCAGAUAUGGUAGGGGCCCUUAUAAUCCCAUGAGAAACAGCUCCAUCACAUGAACUCCUUCUACCCUUCUAUCUAUGAUUACCACGUGCGGGUAAUACGUCUCACCCUUAUUCCUCCACACUCUUCUCUUUCCUCUCACUCCCUCUAAGACAACACUAGUCUCAUCUGAAAAAAUCACUUUUUUCUAGUCCUUAAUAGUCCAAUCCUUCCUCUCUAAACACCACGCUAAACGAGCCUUCUUAGCUGCUUCCGUUAACUCUGGCUUCGCAGACCUCUUAAAAACGCCAUAGCCAUUCUUAGCAAGUACCCCAAAAACAGUACUUUCAAAGAAUGAUUGACGACCAGGCGUCCCUGUGGCUUCAGCUGUGAUGCGGGCAUAUAACCACCCACGCGUCGUGGAGUUCUUG